UAUGGGGAAAAAGAGAAUUGUAGAAGAAAAUUAAAAUGAAGAGCCAGAAGAAGUCUAAGAGGUGAUUGCAAAAGCAGACAAUAAAAAAUAAAAAAAAAUUGCUAAAAAUUAGAAUAAAAUAAGCAAAGAUGUUGAUUUCAUUUCAUUUUUAAAAGAGGAUAUUCGAUUUUUAAUUUAACAUAGAAAUAAAGAGAAUGAAGAAAAGUAAUAAAAGGCUGAAGAAGUAUAUAAUAAAAUAGAAGGUAUUUUAUAUUAAAUUGCCUAAACUAAAAUUGGAGGUAGAACAAUUUAAUUAGUAAUUAAAUGUGCAGAUCAAAAUAUAAGAUAAUAAAUAUUUUCAAAAUUAUUAAAUGAUAAACAAUUUGGAGAAUUAUUAUAAUCAAAAUAUGGUCACUAUAUUGGAAUUACUAUGGUUAGAAAUAUGGUUCCUGAAUUUAGAAAUUAAUUUUUUGAGAUUUUAUUAAAAAAUGCUAAUCAUUAUGUAGCUUAAGGGGAUGCAAGUAUUGUUUUAGAUAGAUUCUUAACAAGAGAAGCAACUACUUAAUAAAUCAAUAAAGUAAAAUAAUUGUUUUUAAAUCACAGUGAAAAAAUUGAUAAUUUAGCAAUGAAAAUAAUAGAAAAAGGAAUUCAUAAUCAUUUACUUAGUUUAUAAAUUUUAAAAGUGGCAUUACCAAAUUUAGUUCCAGAAGAGAGAUAAAAAGUUAUUGAAUACUUUUAAUAAUUAGAAAAUCUAGAUUAUCUUAGACAUAAAGAUGGCAUUUCAGUAUUAAUUAAUUAAAUAUUUAGAUAUUUUGUGCAAUAUUAAAUGUUACAGAUAAGAAAGAAAGGAAGAACUUUUUAAAAAAUAUAUAAACAUACAUGUAAUAAUCUUAAGAACAUUUACACAGAAAUUCUUAAUUUUAUUUAGCAUUAUAAAAGGUUAUAUUUACAUAUGAUGACACUAAAUAAGUUAAUAAAUCUAUUUUACAAGAUAUCUUACCUGAAUGGUUAAAUUCUAUUCAUGUGUUUAAAAUAAUUUAAUCUAUUUAUUAACCUAAACUUAGAGAUGACAUAAAAUUUGAUUCAAUUGGUUUAUAAAACACAGUGAGUUUAAAAGAUGAUGAAAUUAGAGUAAAAGAACUUUAGGAUUAUUGUUUUGAAUCAAUUUUGAAUUCAUUGUAAUAAAGUGAAACCAAUAUCUUAUUGGAAAGCAAUAUAAAUUAAUUUAUUUGCUACUUUAUUUAAUAUAUCAUUAAGUAUUCAUAAAUUUAAGCAUUGGACUUCAUUAAAAAUUAGAUUAAAUAAUUACUUUAUUUUAAAGUUGACACUAUUUUCAGCAGAGAAGUAGAAUAAAAUGGAAAUUAUUGGAUAUUAACUUAACCAGAAGCUUAGAGAAUUGCUAAAUGUCUUAUACAAUAAUAAGAAAUUGCUGUAUUAAUAAUAUAUAUAUAUUAAAUUAGUAAAGUGAAUUCAAAGAGAUUAUUGAUAAUUACUGUUAAAAAAUAAAGAGCCUUUUGAUAUAGAAUUUGAAAAUAACACUUAUAAGUAAAGCAAUAUACUUAUUAUUGGCAUUAAUAGAGAAUACAAAUUUAAAAGAAUAAGUUCUCUAAGAUGUUAAGAAAAAUAAAAAAUGGAUAGAUAAGUUGGAGAAAACAUAAUCUCUCCAAAUAUUGUAUAAAUAUAUAUGA